AGGAAGAUGGAAGGAUGCAGAGCGUGUAGAAAGUGGAGGCGAAGGAUUGGUUUGGUUGGGUGUAUAUAGUAUCCCAUGGUAUCUCAUCUUUCGUACAACGACUGCAGCUGCAAAGUGCAAGCAAACGCGUGCAGUGCAGAGGGAUCCUUGGUUCGCUGCAACGAACACCACGCCUUUUCUCUAUACCCUCUUUGAUUCAUGGGACUGUUCAGAAGGAUUGCUGGAUUUCUAGGGAUUGGAAACCACGAUCACGAUUCCAAGGAUGCCGCCGCCGAUGAACACGAUGUCCAUCCUGGUACGACACCGUAUCGAGUCAGAGAAACCGGUCGUCCUCGUAAAGGCUUUAGCGUCCCUGCCCAGGUCGUCGUCGAUCGCCACCACGUCCCACCCGUUCUCACUCUCUCUACGUCGGGCGACGGCGGACUUCAGGGUCUGAGUUGGUAUACUAAGCAUCUUACGAUGGACGAAGAUGGAGAUGUGGCUGAUGAAUUCCUUGAAGAGGUAUUGUCAGUGAUGCCAGAAGGACUUGGAGAAGAUCAUCAUAAAACACAAGCAAGGUUUAAAUCGAAGAAGGGGACCAAGGAAGUCAGAGUGAACAAACAGAUCCUAUUAGAUGGGAAAAUUAUUCUUCAUUGUGUGGAACACCAGGGCAGAUUGUAGUAAAUUGGUUCGGAUAUUGGUUCAUUCGGCUUUUUCUGUUUAGUUGUGCAUACUGUGGAAUCUGUAGUUAAACACUAACAUUUUAACUGGGCUUUACUUCAUGGUUCCUUUUUGCAUUUUAGCUGUCUUUCACUAGCUAUGAAUAUAUGUUUGGGAAUUGCUACACUUGAUGAAAACAUGUGGGAGUUAAAUGUACAAUUUAAAGAAGUAAGUUAAUGGUACCCAACAAAUUUAACUUCUAAA